CGCGCAGUGACUAACGCUAGUGUUGUUAAAUCAGCGCUCAGUGAAGAUGGCCGCGCUAGCAGUGGUGGAAACCCCAUCAGGGAAAGAUGCUCUCGCCGAGGGUUUGCUGGACCUCCUGAGACCCGCUGUACAGCAGCUCGACGUACAUGUGCACUCAGUCAGAGAAAGCCAAGUGGAACUUCGGGAGCACAUUGAUAAUUUGGCGUCUGAGCUGAGUAGGAUCAACGAACACCAGAAGGUGGCACAAGACUUGGACCCAUAUGUUAAAAAACUGCUUAAUGCCAGGCGAAGAGUGGUGCUUGUCAACAACAUACUCCAGAACGCACAGGAGCGUUUGCGAAGGCUGAACCAUAAUGUUGCUAAGGAGACGGCACGCAGGAAGACCAUGCUUGAGGCAUCUGGAGCAUUUCCCCCACGCUCCCCCAGCAAACCAUGAUGUCUGAAAUCUCACAUGGAAUGGGGAUGCACCAUUACACCGUGCUCGAUGCCAAGGACCAGACUCUUCCUCACAUCGUUAAAGCACUGCUAGCAGAACACUGCAGCGUUCAUGUCUGUUCACAGGGGGACAGAAGUCUAAAUACACACUCAUUUCUUUUCUGAACAUGUGACUUUUUAAUAAAAUAUUUGUCUGUAUGAAUUUAA